GCCAACAUGGACGCCAAAAUUGCCCAACAUGUGCAAACUAUUUCUAGUUCUGCAAGCGGAGAAAAUGUUUUAAAAUGCUUACAAGAUCUCAACAUACUCGUCGAUUCAAGAAGUUUAAGUAGCGAGCAGCUCCUAGCCCUCAUCCCUCCGAGUGUUCUGUUCAGGCGCUUGGCUUUAAACCAUACGAGUGAAAUAAGCCAUUGCACUGCCUUAUUAAAGAAGCUAUUAAACUACAUGAAACCCGAGUUGAUUAUAACAGAGUUUGAGGUAGAAGCUGUGCAGGGAGUGAAUCAUCCUUCAGUAGAAGUCAGAGAGUUGUGUCUUCACCAGGUUGAAAGAUGUGUCCAAACAAACAGCGGAGUUUUAAAAGUUAUCCAAAAUUUAGACCUGGUGAAUUUCGUCAUUAGAAACUUGGGACACUCCCAUAUGGGUUGUGCUAAAAUUGCUAGUAGUAUUCUGUUAACUGUAAGUCGUCAUGGUGAAGGUUUGGCAUUGCUAUUAAAUAUGCAUUCUCAAGCAGAAUUCUCAGAAUUAAUGAGGGAAAGUUCAAUCAUUUGUUUUCGAGUCUAUGAACUGUUUGUUAGGAUUUUUGAAGCCAAUCAAAAUGCUUAUGAACAGUUUGAAACAAUCUUUACCAGUUUGGCAGCAAAGAUUGACAGUGAAGAUGUUUUAAUACAGAUGAAUUGUAUAGAGCUAUUAACAGAUAUUGUUAACGUAAAUGAAGUUGCAUAUCAAUUUCCUGAGAAGACUGGUGUUAACCAGAAGUUGUAUAGUAUAUUGACAUCUGCAGAUGCAAACCCUUUGGCGGCAUUGGUAUUACCAGGUAUUAUCAAGUUCUUUGGGUUUUUAUCAAUAAAUAACCCUAAUUUUAUUCUUGAUAAAUAUCCACAAUUUUACAACUUCAUAUUCAACUGCAUCACAACAAAUGAUAGUAGUUUACUGGUUGUUGCUGUGGACACAAUUGGCACUAUUGGCUUAUCCAAUGAGGGUCUAAAAGUUCUAUUUCAAAAUGAGUCCAAACGAAACAUUAUGGUCAUAAUUGGAAAUCUUUUGCAAACUGCUGAUGAAGAAUUGAGAGUCCAUUGCUUGGAUUGUCUUGCCUUCCUCUUUGCUUCUGAUGACGACUCUGACAAGAAUACUGUUGAUCUUAUACACAGUCUAUAUCAGAAGCUUAAUACCAACCCAAUGCAAAUGUUAUUUGAAGUUCUCAAACAACCAUUUAACGAUGUAAGAAAAUCCUGCUUGAAGAUAUUCUUCAAUUUGGUCAGCUAUCAAUGGAUGCUAGCUGAUAUGAAUAAUAUUCCAGGAUUUUUCGAAUACCUGUUGGACCGACGUACAGAAAACCAGAAGGAAUGUCAAGAAUUAAAAUACGAAGUCAUAAAAAAGAUGUCCCUAUCCCCGUUCAUCUCAACGGCGUUUGAUAAACCUUCCAUACUUAAACUGAAACAAUUUGUUAGAGACGGACCUUUCUACGUAGGCUCUGAAGUGUCCGUCUCCGUUGAGGAAUGUUAGCUAAUACGAGCAAUUUCAUAUUAACAUUCAAACUAAAAUCUCCGUAUGCUUAUUGUCUAGAAAUAUUAGUAUUUCUUUUACUUGGGAGAGAUUACCAUAAGCAAUAAUAAAUGUAGUUUUGCCUGCUUAUCAAUUAUCAUCAAUGCUUUCGUUCGUCUGUGGCUCGCGACCUGAAUACUCAAAUUAGCUUGCUCCUGGGUUAAAACUCUUAAGCAUUAUAUUCGCGUCCAUUUGUUUCUUGUAAAAAGUAAUUUCAGGAAAAAAAAUGAAGCCGGAUAAUAUUUCUAAAUGUUCGUUUACACUUGCGAUUUUUGCUGCGAUUUUCCUCUUUUGAUAGAUGUGAAUGAGUUACGAAUGCCCUGAUGUAUAAAAGCCCUUAUUUAAACAUCAGUAUAUAACUAAAUCACUCUUUCACAUCUAUCAAAAGAAGAAAAUCGAACAUAAAAGUGUAAACGGGCUUUUAAAGAACAUAUUCAACCUCGUGAAUAAGCUGAAUGUUGGGAAUUUCUGUAGUUGGGACAGCUGGUUAUCAGCUCAUUUUUAAGAGGCUGAUUAUAUGCCGAAAUAUCAUUUCAAUUCAUAUUAAUAUUGUAACAAUCCUUGAAAAAUACAAUUUAGCGUAUGCAAAUAAUGUACACUCACAGCUCUACUUUUUGGAUGAUUAUUAGAAAAGGCAAAUCCGCAUUAUAAGAGGUUAAAUCAAUUAUUCACUGAUGGUCUGAUUUUGCGAAA